AGAACAUGCAAACCAGAGUUGUGUCCCAUACAUUGACUCAGCAUGUUUCUGCCACUACCAGUAUUGUACCAGUACUUGUGUCUUCACUACAAGAGCCACACAGAGAAAUACUAACAUAUGCAAUGCUGGACACACAAAGUGACUCGACGUUUGUGUUAGAAGAUGUAAUUGACAGACUGAAUGUGGAUUUCCAUCCAACAAAGCUGAAACUGAGUACUAUGACUGCUGUCGACACAAUCAUUUCCAGCAAGAGUGUUCAUGGUCUACAAGUUCGAGGACUUAACUCUGAGAGUCGCAUCCAACUACAUCAAGCUUAUAGCAGAGAUUUUAUCCCAGUGGACAAGUCUUAUAUUCCGACGAAAGAAACUGCAUUAAUGUGGCCCCAUCUCAGAAACUUGGCAGAUAAGUUACCUCCCGUUCAGGACUGUGAUGUAGGGCUUCUCAUUGGAUACGACUGUCCAGCUGCUCUAGCUCCACUUGAAGUUAUAACAGGUGAUAAAAACCAACCAUUUGCACAGAGAUCAGAACUAGGAUGGAGUAUAAUAGGCUCAUCAAACCCCCACCUAGACAGACAAGGAGGUCAAAGUUUUGUGCAUCGACUCACAGUAAAGGAGCUACCAAGCCCGUCUUCAACUGACAUUUUAAAGGUCUUAGAGUCGGAUUUUACGGAGAGAAGUUACGAAGAAAAAUAUGUGUCCCGAGAUGAUGUUAAUUUUAUACAGUUUCUCAGUAACAACAUCACACAGAGGGAUGACGGGCAUUAUGAAAUGCCUCUUCCGUUCAAAGGCAACGACCCGCCUAACCUACCAAACAACAAAAGACUAGCCCAAGUUCGCCUGCAGGGUCUUAAGAAAAAAUUAAAGACCAGCAAACAAUACUAUGAGCAAUACAAAACAUUCAUGGAAGAAACCAUAAAUAAGGGUGAUGCAGAGCCUGCCCCUACAACAUCUGAAGGAGAAACAGAGUGGUACCUUCCACAUCAUGGCAUCUACCAUCCCAGAAAACCAGAUAAGCUGAGAGUUGUUUUUGAUUGUUCAGCCAAAUUCCAUGGUGUUUCUCUUAACGACACAUUGCUUACUGGGCCUGAUUUAAUCAAUCCUUUGGUAGGAGUACUAUGUCGCUUCAGGAAGGAGACCAUAGCUAUAAUUUGUGACAUAGAAAGAAUGUUUCACCAAUUUUCUGUCACUCCUGAAUCCAGAAAUUAUCUCAAGUUCCUCUGGUGGAAAGAUGGAGAUUUGGAGAAAGAACCACAGGAGUUCAGAAUGACAGUUCAUCUCUUUGGAGCUGCUUCAUCUCCAGGAUGUGCCAACUUUGGGUUAAAGCAUCUGGCACAGCAACACAAGGCUAACUAUCCUCAGGCAGCCACAUUUAUUGAGAAAAACUUUUAUGUGGAUGAUGGCUUAGUCAGUGUGCCAUCAGUUGAGGAAGCCAAGAAACUGAUCAUUGAAUCACAAGAGUUGUGUAAGAAAGGAGGCUUAAGGCUUCAUAAAUUCAACUCAAACAAGGAAGCUGCUCUCACAUGCUUGGAUUCUUCAGAAGUAGCAGCAGCCAUCGAGCCCCAUGGUUUGGAUCCAUCCUCAUCUGAGCGUGCACUCGGGAUUCAGUGGUUGAUAAAAAAUGACACCUUUGUUUUUAACAUCGGCUUAAAAGAUCAAGCUUCAACCCGCCGCAGCUGCUUGUCCAUCAUUGCUUCACUUUAUGACCCUCUCAGAUUCAUUGCUCCAUUCAGCCUUAGUGGAAAACUGAUUCUUCAAGAGCUUUGUCACCGAGGCAUAGGAUGGGACGAUCCUCUCCCAGAAGACAUAAAGCCACGGUGGGAGAAAUGGACAAAUGAUCUACUGAAAUUGAAAGAGAUCUCAAUUCCCAGAUGUUAUCACCCCCCUGACUUCCACAACAUUGUCAGAGUAGAGCUGCACCAUUUUUCUGAUGCUAGCUGUGUAGGAUAUGGUGCAUGUUCUUACCUGAGAUACAUAAAUGACAAGGAUGAAGUCCACUGCAGUCUUGUGAUAGCAAAGGCAAGGGUUGCUCCCUCAAAGAUCACAAGUAUCCCAAGAUUAGAACUUGCAGCAGCAGUGAUUUCUACAAAGGUCAGUGUCAUGCUUAGAUGUGAACUUGACCUAAAGAUUGAUCAAGAAAUUUUCUGGACUGACUCACGAGUUGUACUAGGGUACAUCAAUAAUGAUGCUCGCAGGUUCCACAUAUUUGUUGCCAACCGUGUUCAACUGAUUAGAGAUAACAGUGAUCCUAAUCAGUGGCAUUAUGUUGAAACGUCAGAAAACCCGGCUGAUCAUGCAUCCAGAGGUCUUUGUGCUUCAGAUAUUCAUUCGACAAACUGGCUGCAAGGACCAAGGUUUCUUUGGGAGCAUGAGUUACAACUGACGACCAGCACUCCAACGGAAUUACUAGUCGGUGAUCCUGAAGUCAAGACAAUUCAGGUGCUCGCAACUGAUGUCAAAUGUAGUAAUGAUAUCCUCAAUCGCCUGAAUCGAUUUUCCUCUUGGACAACACUCCUCAAGGUAGUUGCCAGAAUCAAGAGACUAGGUUCAAAGCAACAACAUGGCGAACAUGUGACUGUUGACGAACGUGAAAAGGCUGCUGAAACAGUGAUUAAGAUUGUACAACAACAAACCUUCCCAAAUGAAGUAAAAUUGCUUAAAGGUGAAAAGAACAUUCCAAACACCAGCGCUCUUUUCAGUUGUGAUCCCAUCUGGUCUGAAGGGCUUCUUUGUGUCGGUGGAAGAUUAAAGCAGUCAUCUCUCUGUCUUAAAGUCAAACACCCAGUGAUACUACCCAACAACAGUCAUAUUACUAAGCUGAUUGUGUCCCACUACCAUGCUAAGACAUGUCAUCAGGGUCGAGGCCAGACACAAAUGGAACUUAGAACCAAUGGCUUCUGGGUCAUUGGUGGGAGUAAGUUGGUGGCCAAGAUGAUACGCGAUUGUGUGUUUUGCAGAAAACUUAGGCGGCCAACAGAAAAGCAGAGAAUGGCUGACCUUCCUAAAGAACGCGUCGAAUCCUCUGCACCUUUCACAUAUAGCGGCAUGGACUGUUUUGGCCCUUUCAUUGUGAAGAAAGCCCGCAAAGAAUACAAAAGAUAUGGUCUAAUUUUCACAUGUCUCUACUCUAGAGCUGUCCAUAUCAAAAUGCUCGAAGACCUGUCGACUGACUCUUUCAUAAAUGCACUGAGAUGCUUUAUCAGUAUUAGAGGAGCUGUAAGACAACUGCACUGUGAUCAAGGCUCUAAUUUUGUUGGUGCCAGGAACGAGUUCACACAAGCACUGAAACAAUGUGACACUAAGUUACUUGAAGUUUUCUUGACGGACAAACAGUGUGAAUUUGUUUUCAAUUCCCCCUCUGCCAGUCAUGCAGGUGGUAUCUGGGAAAGACAGAUCAGAACCAUCAGAAAUGUGUUGAAUGCUACUUUUGCACAGUGCUCAGGCCGACUCGAUGACGCCUCCCUCAGGACAUUGUUAUAUGAGGCAAUGGCUAUUGUAAACAGCCGCCCAUUAACAGUGGAUGGAAUCAAUGAUCCACGAGCAUUGGAGCCCAUAACACCGAACCAUCUCAUUAUGAUGAAAUCUAAGGUUUCUCUUCCUCCCCCUGGAGUGUUUGUCAAAGAGGACCUAUAUGCCACAAAGAGGUGGAGGAGAGUGCAGUAUCUCAUUGAACAAUUUUGGAGUCGUUGGAAAAGGGAAUAUUUGUUGAACAUUUCCAUGAGACAGAAAUGGCACUCAGCUCAGCGCAACCUCAAGAAAGGGGACAUUGUCAUUAUCAAAGACGACAACCUUCCAAGAAAUCAGUGGCAACUAGGACGAGUGGUUGAAACUGUUCAAGGCGAUGAUGGAUUGGUCCGUCGAGUCAAAGUUCAAGUCGGAGAACGAAAGUCCAAUUCCUCUUCCAAACUCUCAAUUAUUGAGAGACCAAUCCAGAAAUUGGUUCUUCUUUUGGAAAAUGAUGAGAAGUGAUAAACAACCUUUGUACAGUUUAUUCACCACGUUAUUCUUUUCUGCAGACAUGCUCAUUUAGUAGAGUCAAGAAAUCCUGUUCAAUUACUUUCCUCAUGUCUUCUUUUGUUCAUUUAUUGAGACAGGAUUUGGUGGGAGUGUAAAUAGCUACUAAAUGGUGAAAUUCUUCUUUUUGUUUAUUGGUACCACAGUGACACUUAGUGGUUGAUUUGUGAAUUUAUUUUAUAGAGCGGUAGAGUUCUUCUUCGCGUAUUUUUGUGUUAGGCACUUCCUGUUUGCUAACCACGCCGAGUGAGCGUUAGAGCCUAAGGAAAAGUAAAGAAAAUCUGUAAAAUAGCGCUCUUGGGAAGCAGAACGAGUUUUCACGAUGUCAGACAAGGAAGGUUAAUAAUAAACUGCACCCGUUUGGAACUCCCUGCGUCUGGCUGUUCACUCCUAGAGGCCGCUACACAAUAUGCCUCUGUGUUGCAUGCUAAGUCUAGAGCAGCCUAUAAGGACUGGGUUGCUAUAGAGAAGCCAAGAUCUGGAAAGACUUUGGAGCUUAAGAAAAUUGCAAAUGCUAAGCUUAAGAAUGCUGUCUGUUAUAUUAAAAGGAAUGAUCAGAGAAUGUGGGUAAACUCCCUGGCAAAUAAACCCCAUCACAAAAGUUUUAGAAUGAGAUAAAGUUAAUUAAUAGCAGUAAGCCUCUGCUGUCAACAAUUAUUGAGGGGUUACUGGAGAUAAGAAUAUUGCGGAAAUAUGGAGGAAGCAUUACUGUGGAAUUUUUAUCUGUGUAAAUAGUCAGAGGUUCAGUGUUGGCAAUAUUGACCUAAUGAUGGUAUGAUUGUAUGUUGCUAUUGAGCAAAUGUCAUUAAAUAAAGCAUGGGGUCUUGACCAUUUAUCAGCAGAGCACCUGAGGUACAUUAAUCAAGGAGUUCAUGUGUUACUUUGUGCUUUAGAAGUUUUCUAAAACAUGGCCUUUUACCUGACUCCAUGUUAUAAGUACUUUUUGCCAGGAGUAAAAUGAAAAACUGGGAAGAUAUCAAGUAUUGUUAAAUACAGAUCAAUAGCCUUGGCCAGUGUAUUGUCUGAACCUUUGGAACAUAUUCUAUUAGAAAUACUUCAAGAGUGUAUAACAACAACUGAUAAUCAAUUAGGUUUUAAAAGUAAGCUCAGUACUGAUUUAUGUAUUUAUUAAUUGAAAGAAAUUGUAAGUAAAUAUGAGACAGAAUACUUCUGUUUUUAUGUUUUUUUUGGUUGCAUCUAAAGCUUUUGACAGAGUUAACCACCAUAAGUUGUUUAUCAAACUGCAAAGUAGAGACGUCCCUGCAUAUUUAAUCAGGAUAUUACAUUAUUGGUAUCCUCAUCAGUCUAUACAAAUUACCGUAAGUGGAAUUCGAAGGUUUCUGAACCUUUUUCUGUAUCUAAUGGAGUCAGACAAGGUGGAAUUUUGUCUGGUGUUCUUUUUAUAUUGUACCUUGAUGAUUUCUCUGUUAAAUUAAAUCAGUGGUACCCAAAGUCAGUCCUUGAGGGCCGGCAUCCUGCAUGUUUUAGGAUGCUGGCACCUGGAUCAAAUGAUGGCUCAUUAGUGCCCAAGAAGAACAUUGACAUGCUGAAAAGGUUGUUACUACCACCAGGAGAACUAAAACAUGCAGGCUGCCGGCCCUUGAGGACCGACUUUGGACACCACUGAAUAAAAUGAUUGCAAGACUGGGUGUACGAUGGGUAAACAUCUUGUAAAUCAUUUAAUGACGAUCUGGUCCUUUUGUCUCCCUAAAGUGCUGGCUUGCAGCAGUCACUGCGGUAGUGGCUGCUGUAAGCCAGUCAAUAUAUACAGUACGCUGUGUAUAUUGUGUCCAGUUUGACAUCAUGUUUAAUCCCAAAAGGAAUGUUGUUAUGAUUGCUACAACUAAGGGGUUUAAAGUUUGAGAAGAUUAAAUAACUAAGUCUACUUGAGUUAUUUGCAGUCUCUGACAGUGUGGAUUCUAAGUUUUCCAAUGAUAUCAAACACAUGGAAAUCAAAAAAGAAGUUGUGUUGUGUGCAUUAACAUACUUUUUGGGCUAUUAGUAGUUUAGAAGCAUAAUAAAAGAAAAAUCGACUUGCAUUGCUUUGGCAGAAACAAUAAUCCUUGUAUGCAUUAUUACAUAUAAAAAUGUAUUUCAAUUGUAUUUAUUUAAAGAUUAAAUAAAAAUAUCAACAUUUGUUGACAUGCGAGCAGAGCUUUACAAGCAAGCAAAGUUGUAAAAGGUUUUCACCAAAGGAGAUUUUUUUAUGGCAUAGACUUGUUCAAAGAAAUUGAAUCGCUUAUGAAUGACACAUCAAUACUCUUAGGAGGUAUAACUUGGCUUCCUGUUAGGUAAAUUGUAUAUAUUGUUAUCAAAUAUUUGUUGUUUCAUGUGCCUUUAUAAUGUUCUUGUCUUAUAUGCCUUUAUUUGUUUCAUCUUAGCAUAAAGGAAGUUUCUGUGUUGUUGAAUUACUUUGAUUCCUUUCUCAGAAGGCCUCUCUGAGGAAGAGCAGAGACAACUGUUUUCAACAGGGUUAUCGUUCAACAGAAACCUCUGCAUCCUUGACCUGUUAGAUAGCUAUAAAACCAUCGCUGUGAAGACGUACAACUUGCUCUGUUUUACCCUGUGUCUGGAACAGAAUAAUCUAGUGUGUAGAUAUCAUGUGUUUUGUUAGUGACUAGCAUUUGCUUUGCAAUCAUGUGAUUGAAGUGUUUUCCCCACCCCUUUGAGACGCUCUCUGUAACAGGGAUCCUAACAGCAAUAAAAAGGGAGAACGGACACAUAUGUUUUGAGAACGGAAGAGAUGUGUGACUGAAAACAUAUCUCUGGCUGUUCUCCUCGCGAGUACAAAAGAA